AUGAAUAUUUUAUCUUGGAAUGUGAGAGGGUUCAACGACGAUGCUAAGCGAGCCCUCCAUGACCAUUGCUCAAGAUUUUCUCCUAUUCUUAUAGGUAUUUUGGAACCCAAGAAGGAUGUUUCGAAGGUUCCGUUACACUUUUGGAAAUCGAUUAAUGUCGUUCCUAUUCAUCAGAAUUUUCGGUCUGGUAUGAGUCCUAACAUCUGGGUCCUAGCAAACCCGCUUGUUAAUAUUUCUUUAGUUUCCUCGUCCACUCAAGUGGUGAUUCUUGACUGUUGUUGGUCUUCUCGUACGUUCCGCGCGACCUUUUUGCAUGGGGAUUGCUCCAUGGUUGUGAGAAGAUAUCUUUGGUUAGAGCUCCUAACGAACGUGGUGGACAACAUGUUUUUCAUUGGUGACUUCAACGCGGUGAAGGGUGCGCAUGAGCGCAAGAGUGAUUGUCUUCCAAAUGCCUCUGCUUGUAGGGAGUUCUGUGAUUUCAUUGACGCCUCGGGCUUUGUUGAAUCGAACACCUCUGGGCUUUUUUACACUUGGUGUGGCAGGCGAAAUCUUCCUUCGCAUGUGGAAUCGGUUUUGGAUCGUUGUCUCUUUUCCGAGGGUUUUGCGUCGAUGUGGAAUUCGUUGAAUACCCAUGUUCAUCCUCGUAUUGCUUCUGAUCAUUCGCCUAUCAUUUUCCAAUGCCAAGAAAAUGCGGUUCCAAGAAGAAGAAACUUUAAGUUUUUGGAUAUGUGGCUUUCACACCCGGAUUUCCAUGACUUUAUGCAAGUUUCGUGGCAGGCGCCGACUAACUCUACCUGCCCUCUCUAUAACGUUAUGGCGAAAAUUAAGCGGUUUCGUACUGAGCUCAAGAUCUGGAAUAAACAAGUUUUUGGGAAUGUCGAUGAAGGAAUCUCUCAAUUACAGGAGUCGUUGACGAAGAUUCAGUUGAAGAUUGCUGAUGAAGGUUAUUCCGACUUGCUUUUUGACCAAGAAGUCGCUGCCCAGGCAAGGAUCGGCACCUUGCUAACACGUAAGAGCAAUCUCAUGCAACAGAAAAGUAGAGUUCGAUGGCUUAAAGAUGGUGACAGGAACACAAGUUUCUUCCAUAAAUCUUACAAGAUGAGACGCAAGAAUCUGACCCUUUCUCAACUCAAAAUUGAUGGUGUUGAUACCUUUGAUCAGGACGUUAUCUCUUCACAUAUUGUGGAUUUUUUUUCCAAACUCUUUUCUGAGGUUACGACCAAUACCGUUAUGGUGCAGGAUAUUCAACAAAUUGUGGAAGCCACGGUGUCUCAUAAGCAGAAUGAGAGUCUGAGCUGUAUUCCAGAGGAAGAAGAAAUUAAAGCGGCGGUGUUCGAUUUGGCGAGCGAUAGUGCAGCUGGACCAGAUGGCUUCUCGGGCACGUUCUUUCAGAAUUGCUGGGACACCAUCAAAGAUGAUAUAGUGGUCGCUGCCAAAACUUUUUUCUUAAAGAACUAUCUUCCUCAGGGUCUGAAUUCUAAUACGUUGAUCCUCAUUCCUAAAAAAGAUGUGGUGGAAACGGUGGCGGAUCUGAGACCGAUCGUACUAUCUAAUUUCUUUUUAAGGUUCUUUCGAAAAUUAUUGCUACUCGGCUUAGUUCUGUGGCUGCUGAUAAUGUGA